CCAUUUUCGUCGCUGUCACGAUUCUCCGUUCUCUCUUUCUGCAACAAAAUUGAAUCCUGUUUAAAUUUUUAUACCUUUUGUAAAAACCUUAAAAAAAACUAUUACCCAAAAAACCAAAGAGUUUUCGCCGUCUUAAUUAGUUACCUAUUUGGAAUCACUGGAGAUUUCUAGGGUUUUAUUUCAUGUACGACGGAGCUUUAAUGUCUUAUGAAUGGAGAUUUCCUACAACCCCUCCAUCGCUCUCCAGUCCCAUCAGUCAUUGAUCAUAGCCACAAUCGUUACCCUCCUCCCCCUCCUCCUCGCCGUCUGGUCAUUAUUCAAGAGGCCCCACAAAUCCAACGUCUCCGCUCCCGCCACGUCAACCGGGAAAGAGGAAACAAGACAAGCCACACCCUCUUCUUCCUGCAACGGAGCCACCGAUUCCGCGGCGUUCCUUAACGACGGUAGGGCUGGUGCCGUGGAUGAGGAAAUGGUAACGGCGGAUGUUUCCAAGGUAGCGGCGGAGAUGCAGAGCGGGGCGUCAAUGAUGGAGCAGCUGGUGCCCGAGAUUACCACUCACGCGCUUAGUUACCUGGAUUAUCCGAGCCUUUGCCGGCUUUCUAUGACUAAUUCGCUGAUGAGGAAGGCCGCCAAUGAUGAUAAUGCUUGGAAAGCACUUUAUCACAAGGAUUUUACGUUGGAGCAAGAUAGUGUAACACCGGUUAAUGGGUGGAAGGCAUACUAUGCAGCUACAAGAGCCAUAAUGAAUGUUAAUACAGAAUUCUUUAACAUCAUCAGGAGUAGGUCUUUUCCUGCUAUGAGUUGUUUUUGGCUGAAUGCGGAUUAUGUAAAGUGUAUUCACGCAUCGGGAGAACAUUAUUCAGGGUAUAAUGCUGUAAUACAGAGUUGGCAGGUUGCAUUUAAUUGGGAGCAAGAUGUUGAUUUUCAGGUUAGAGAUGUUCGAGCCCGGGUACUGACAGACAUGGCAUGGGUUACAAUGAAAACCUUUGUUGACAUAGAUAGCGGACCGUUUAACAUGACGAACGUCUUUGAGUUCCAUCACGGACGGUGGUACCUUGUACAUCACCACAGCUCAGUAAUGCUGCCUGCCGGUGGGGACAUGGGACAACAGAUUCAUGGAUAACAGAAGAUGGAGAGUUAAAUUCGAAGUGAUAAUUUUAGUAGUAGCUUCAAAACAUGGUACUGGUAAUUUUAUUUGGUUACCAAAAGCAAGUUGCUUGAAAUUUCCGUGGAAUGUCUUUUCAAUGAUCCUUAUAUUUUUGGCUUUGCCAUCUCAGUUUUGGGUAUUUUCUGGUAAAUGGGGGACUCUUUACGUUUUUGU